AUUUCAUCACAUGGCAAAAUGGCAGAAAGCGGAGAGAAACUAAGCAAAAGGUGUUAGUUUUUAUCAAACCCCUAAAAUGUUCCCGCCUACUGCUCAACUUCUGAAGACACUAGUUUUGGCUUGCCAGAUCCGCAGUACCAUUCAACUGGUUAGACUUGUGCUGACCCCUAGUGUCCGACAGACAACAUUGCUCCAUGCUAGGUUAUGUUCACAGGAUCUGAGUGAGAGAAGUGAGAUCAAGCGGCGCUUGAAGGCUGAGAAGAAGGCCAAAGAGAAGGCAGAAAAAGCUGAAACUCAGAAGCCAGCUGCAGUAAUAAAGAAAGCUGAGGCUGACAAACCUGAGGAAAUUGAUGAAGAGAAUAUUGAUGCAAAUGAAUUUUUCAAACUUCGGUCCCGGUGGGUGAGCCAGUGGAAGAGCAGCGGCGACCAACCAUAUCCACACAAGUUUAAUGUUUCAAUCAGUCUCGAAGGGUUUCUUGAGAAAUACAGCAGCGUAGAAACGGGACAGACCUUAACUGAUGAGACCGUUAGUAUAGCAGGGCGACUUCACGCCAAGAGACCAUCAGGGGCCAAGUUGUUGUUCUAUGAUAUCCGAGGAGAAGGCGUUAAGUUACAAAUCAUGGCCAAUGCCAAGUCUUAUGAAUCAGAAGAAGCUUUCUACAAAAUCAACGAGCGGUUACGGCGAGGUGAUAUUGUUGGUGUGACUGGUAGCCCAGGCCGAACCAAGAAGGGUGAACUAAGCAUCAUCCCCAAAGAAAUGGUGCUGUUGUCUCCAUGUCUGCAUCAGCUGCCGCACAUGCAUUUCGGUCUUGUCAAUAAGGAAACUCGAUUUCGGCAGCGGUAUCUCGAUCUUAUCAUGAACGAUUAUGUCAAAAAGAAGUUUGUUGUGCGUGCACAGAUCAUCAGUUAUGUCAGAAGAUUCUUAGAUGAAAUGGGAUUCUUAGAGAUCGAGACUCCCAUGAUGAACAUGAUCCCAGGUGGUGCUACUGCGAAACCUUUCAUAACACAUCACAAUGAUCUGAACAUGGACCUGUACAUGAGAGUCGCCCCGGAGUUAUAUCACAAGAUGCUUGUUGUUGGUGGUAUCGACAGAGUGUACGAAAUCGGUCGGCAGUUCAGAAAUGAGGGAAUCGACAUGACCCACAACCCCGAGUUUACCACAUGUGAAUUCUAUAUGGCGUAUGCUGAUUACAACGACUUGAUGAGUAUAACUGAGCAGAUGUUGUCAGGAAUGGUGAAACAUAUUACAGGAGGUUACAAAGUGACGUACCAUCCCGACGGUCCGGAGGGGCCGGCCGAGACGAUCGACUUUACACCCCCUUUCAGGCGGCUCAACAUGAUACCGGACUUGGCAAAGAAACUUGGUGUGAAAUUCCCCGCCCCUGACACGUUCUACAGUGAGGAGACAAAGCAAUUCCUUGAUAAACUGUGUCGGGAUAAUGGAGUGGAGUGCGCUAGUCCAAGGACGACCGCGAGGUUGUUAGAUAAGCUUGUUGGUGAUUUCUUAGAAGUCGACUGCGUCAACCCUACGUUUAUUUGCGAUCAUCCAGAGGUGAUGAGUCCACUAUCGAAGUGGCAUCGAUCGGUUAAAGGCCUGACUGAACGGUUCGAAUGCUUUGUUAUGAGGAAAGAGAUCUGUAAUUCCUACACAGAGUUGAACGACCCCAUGGUACAGAGGGAGAGGUUUGAGAAGCAAGCAGCGGACAAGGCUGCCGGUGAUGAUGAAGCAAUGUUCGUGGAUGACAACUUCUGUACCGCCCUGGAGUAUGGCCUUCCACCUACAGCUGGCUGGGGAUUGGGCAUUGAUCGUCUCACCAUGUUCCUGACUGAUUCGAACAAUAUCAAGGAGGUGCUGUUCUUCCCGGCGAUGAAGCCAGAUCUUCACGGACCAUCUGAUGACAAGGCAUUCGAAGAUGGCAGUGUUAACAAUGCUAAUUAACGUCAGGGAUCUUAGUACAAUUCAAACCAUCUUAUUUUAUUUAUUGAAUACAUGAUGGACCUCACGGACGUUUCUUUGACUUUAAGAAUUCGUACACAUAUCCAAAUUCUAGGAAGUUCUGCAUUGACUUAGCUUUGGGUGUUCACCAUGGAGGAAGUUGUGAAAGAAGUUGUACCAUAGUAACAUAUGGGAAACUGUAAUUCAACAAUGGGAAAUUCAUUCAACUAAUAAAUUCUUCUGAUCAAA